AUGCGGAGGGUGUUGAAAGUGCGGGUUGGUGGAGUGACAGGGGGACAAGAGCAGGUGAAGCGACGGAAGAUGUUGGUUUGUGAUGGAGAGGAUGACGUACCAAAGGAGCUGGGGAGCGGUGGAGGAGUGAUGAACGGGGAGGCGCAGCAAGGGAGUGGGGGAGGAGUGUUGAGCGAGGAGGCGCAUGAAGUGGGGCACUGCCACGCGGUCGGAGCGGAUGGGGAAGCAGAGGAGGUGGGGGAUGUUAUCGGAAUCAAAUGGGCGGAUGUGGAUACACUUUUUGAUUUUGAUCCGCACCCCACACAUGCCGCACGAGACGACAUUUGCACCGAAUACAUCCGUGAGUCUGCCGUUGAGCUUUUGGGGGAGGGGUUCUCUGCAGAGGACGUCGUUGACACUGCGUUCGUAUCUCAUGGUGAAGAGGGGAUCGGUGAUGCGAGGGCACCUAUUCAGGGAGUGGCGGAGCUUGGAGAUGAGAGUGGCUUCGUGCAUAUUGAUGUGGCAGAUAGUGCGAUGGGGAGGAGUGGAAAAAGGUGGCAGGAGAGGAAGAGUGGAAAACGGUCACGUGAUGAGGAUGGAGAGGACGUCGGGGGCACAGACACCUCCCGUCCCCCUUUCCCGUGCUCCCACUGUCCUCACUUCCCUGCAUGGCCUGUGCGGGCUCUCCCCUCAUCCUAUCACCUCCCUUCCUUCUUUCCUUCCCUGCCUGUUUCCUCUCUUCCCUGUCUCCCCUUUCUCUUCACACUCCCCUCUCCCCCACACUUCCCUCUAUCCCAUCUUCACUAUCUCCCCUAUUCCCUCUAUCCCCUCCUCCCUCUCUCUCACAUGUCCCUCUAUCCUCCCAACCCUCUAUCCCCUUCUCCCUCUCUUCCAUCUUCCAUCACUCCCGUCUUCCCUGUUUUUCCUGUGCCAUGA